ACACACACACACACAGAGAGAGAGAGAGCGAGAGAGAGAGAGAGAGAGAAUGUGUGUGCGUAUGUGUCUUGAUCUCAGUGGAUCAUGGAGCAGCGCACUGACCGCGGUGCGUCGGAGUCUCCUGACCGCACGGAUGCACUUCUAACACGGCUACUUUUGCUCCGGAGCGCCGCUGAACGGAACUAAAGCUGGAGGAUCGGAUCGGUACCGAUGGCUGAUCCUCUGCGGAGGACAAUUCUAGCCAAACUCAGGGGCAAGAAACCCAAAGGGAAAGACGCGAGCACCGUGAACCGGCCUAGAGAAGGUAAAGAAAAGUUUCUCAGACGCAAACCGAGAGAACUCGCAUAUCUAACGCGAUGAGGGCUGAGCGGAGCUGCGCGAGCGCGGAUCCGGUUCCCCGGAGCACCGGGGGUCCCGCUGAUCAAAGCGAACACACCGAGCUCAAGCGCUUCCACACGAUCGGAGACUCGAUCGGCUUCGGCGGCUGCGAUUUAAAACCCAAACGAGAGGCUUUAACGCUAUCAGAUAGUCGGGAUCUAAAGAAUAAACAGUCGAAUGUUACAUUACUAGAGGAAAAGUCUGGAAAAAACAAUACGGGCGGCUUUAGAAGCCCACAACGUCACGUGUAUGAUUAUAUAGACGCAGAAAGCGAUCUAAUUCAGGUUAUAGAGAGUUCUCUGGAGUAUCAUGGUGAUUUUAGGAUGCCCCCCUUACAAAGUCCGACUUUUUUCCCCACUGAUCUUGAAAUAACAUUGGCCCCCGGGCUGAGAGACGGGGUCCCUCGACACCACUCGGUCGACAGCGAGGACGACGAUUAUUACGAUAACCAAAUUCUGCCCUUUUAUGAGUCGUGCACGCAGUCGAACGACCACCAAAGUAAAAAUAUUGGUGCGCCAAUAUCGGCGUCGGGGUCUAACAAAACCACGCAAGAAACAGACCGGCUGAAGUCGCAACUAAACGAGGCGUAUUAUUUGCUAAUAAACACAAUGCAUAACAUCAGUUUCGACGGUCAGGUUGAAGAUAACGGAUUUGUGGAUCAGCCCAGUAGCGCAAGUCAAUCCAACGAUAGCGUUAGCAUUGGAAGUGACGUGUCGGAAGAACGUCGGAAUGAUUCUGAUUCGCCAUUUAUCGGACGAUGUGGGCAGGGGUUGACGGGGUCUUCGCAAAGCAGAAGUUUGCAGAAUAUUCGCAACGCAAUUCCCAAACCGAUGCUCCAGCGGUCGGUGAGCGAUAGCAAGGUGAAGUACUCGUCAGAUCGCAAGGAAGAGACGCGAUCCGCGGUCGCUUCGGGAUGCGAUGCGCAACUGGCGAAUCCUACGGAAACCAUACCGACGUCUGUUUUGACGCAACAAUCCUGCCACGAUUCAACGGUGCCCAAACAUCACGGAGUCACCGUCAACAAGAUGCAAGAGUGGAUGCAGAAAGGUCGCGUGCUUUCGUCCGAAAUGAAGCAGAGGAUCACGGGUUCUUCGCUGAGAGCCAAUCACGUGAGGCCAAAAAUGGCGCGACAGCAGACAGCGAUGGAGUUUGUCUGUCAGCGUCAGACCCCGUUUAACCACAUCACGGUCUCCAAGAAGCGUCAGUGGCUCCAGCAGAGCUCCGUCACAGCGCCCCCUGCAGCCGAGGAGGAACAAACACAAACACAAACACUGACAGACAGAGAAGUGCGUCCUCGUCCUCGUCCUCGCCGUCCGGCCGAUGCUGAAGUCAAACAGCGGACCGAACCGGCCGAAGAGAACGAUGCAGACGACGAGGGAGAGAUCUGGUACAACCCCAUCCCGGAGGAUGAAGAGGCCGAUCAGCCGCGCUGCGUUCCCGUCAUCAGAGUCCAGACGAGACGAGCGGACGCAGACGAGAGACAGACGCCGGACGAGAGCAGAGCCACAGAUCCUUCAGAGCAGUCCACUGGUGGACUUUCUCCCCCUUCGAGUCCCAACCCAGCUAAAAGGAGCACUACUAUCAACUGGUCUUUUCCUGAUAAAAUCAAGUCACCACGGACUGUCCGAAAACUCUCUAUGAAGAUGAAGAAGCUGCCUGAUCUGAGUCGGAAGCUUAGUGUUAAAGGGAACUCAUCUAGCAAUGUGGUUAUCAGCAACAGCCAAUCAGAACCCAGAGCUCACUUACCAAGAACCAAUGGGAUGGCAGAGCUGAGCCAGUCCCAGUCCAGACUGUCCCCAGCAGGUGUGACGACUGCAUUGGCAAGCGGUAAUGUGAUUUGGUGGUACCAUUUGGACAGCAGUGUUUCUACGCAGCACAACUUCGAUAAGAGGAGGAGCAAUAGUGGCGGCGUUCCCAAAUCGGCCAGUAAGGGAGGUUACUUAAGUGAUGGAGACUCACCCGAACUUGUCGCCAAGUCAGGAAAGCAUGGAAACUCAGAAAGAAAGAAUGGUAAAACCCGGGACAGGGAUCCUAAUGGGAAUGGCGGAAGUCUGAGGUUCCCUGGCACAGAGCUGGAUAUCGACGCCUUCCGUUCAUAUAGCUUCUCGGAGCAGCCAAAGUGCCUAACGUUUAUCUCUGGACUAAUGAGUCUGCACUUCUAUGGCGCAGAGGACCUGAAGCCACCGCGGGUUGAUUCCCGCGACGUCUACUGCGCCAUCCAGGUGGACUCUGUCAACAAAGCUCGUACAGCCUUGCUGACCUGUCGGACAGCCUUCCUGGGCAUGGACCACACCUUCAACAUUGAGUUGGAGAAUGCUCAGCACCUCAAACUUGUUGUUUUCAGUUGGGAGUCCACACCACGAAGGAACCGGGUAUGCUGCCAUGGGACUGUGGUUCUCCCGGCUUUGUUUCGUGUGAGUAAGACGCAUCAGCUUGCGGUCCGACUGGAACCACGUGGAAUGAUGUACGUGAAGCUGAGCCUCAUGGAGCAGAGGCAGAACUCUCUCGAUGGCCAGGAGGGGGAUCACGAAAUGCAGGUGUUUGGCAUAGAGGCUCGGCGCGUGGUGGAACGGGAAGCUUCUGGAUUAAUGGUUCCACUGCUCAUCGAGAAAUGCAUCUCUGAGAUCGAGAGGAGGGGUUGUCAGGUGGUGGGUCUGUAUCGUCUGUGUGGUUCAGCUGCGGUGAAGAAGGAGCUGCGGGAGGCGUUUGAGCGGGACAGUCACGCCGUCGAGCUCUCGGAAAACAACUACCCAGAUAUCAACGUCAUUACAGGCGUGAUGAAGGACUACCUCCGAGAGCUUCCUCAUCCUCUCAUCUCGAAGCCUCUCUACGAGUCUGUUCUGGACUCGAUGGCCAAGAGGCCGCUGCAGAUGGGAAGCGGCGUCUGUGAGAACGACCCGGCAGACUCGGAUCACGCCGUCAGUUUGCUGGAGAUCCUGCCGGAUGUUGAGAAGACGACCCUUCGGAAGCUUCUGGAUCACCUGAAGCGCGUGGCGUCCCAUCACGAGGUCAAUAAGAUGACCUGUCAGAACCUGGCGGUGUGUUUCGGGCCGGUUCUGCUCAGCCAGAGACAGGAGGCGUCUUCUCACGGGAACCGGGUCUUCAUCGACUCCGAGGAACUCGCAAGCGCUCUACACUUCAAGAAACACAUCGAGGUCCUUCAUUACCUGCUCCAGCUCUGGCCAGUUGUGGAUGCUCAGAGUAAAUCUUCAUCUCCGGCUCCUGCCUCGGUGGAGUCACGUCCAUCAGUGACGGCUGCCGUAAGGAGGAGGAAAGAGCGUCCACAGGUGCUCAAUCUAACUGAGGCAGACAUAGCAGGUGUUUUGCGGCCCAGAGCUGGCCGUCUGGACAGUCCCAGUAACCGCUAUGCCGGGGACUGGAGCAGAUGCCGGGAAACGUACCUCCAACCGAGCUGCCCGGAGGAGGCAGACUAUGACGAUGUUCCCAAUGAAGAACCUCCGAAUGCAGGACAGGAGGAACUGGGGGACUUAUCAAAGGGUACUGGAGACGUAGUCGCCAAACUAGAGUUGCCCGAGUUGGACCAGACAGUUGAGAGGAUUGAGGAAAUGCAGAUAGAGGAGGAAGUGGAAGUGAGUGAGGAAGAGAAUCCAGUAGUUUUGGACAAGCUACAAGUGGAGGACUCUCUUCCCACAAGCCCCUACGAUCAGAUCCUCCCAGAGCACCGACCCAAAGAGCACAACUACCAGGCCUACAUGAAGAUCCAAGAGAUCAGCCCAGUCCUAAGCAACAGGGUCAACCUGCGGGACUUGCAGGAGAGCAUCGACACUCUAAUCGGCAACCUGGAGAGGGAGCUCAACAAGAACAAGCUCAACAUAGGGUAUUGACUCUUUACAAGGACAGACAAAAUAUGGUGGUGAUUCCCUAGAGACAUCAGCGCUAUGGUACGUUCUUGCUCCCAUGCACACUUGGGAUGCUUGUACAAGAAGACAUUCCUCACUUCAGAUUUGUGUUUUCGUUUGUAUCCUGGUCUCCAUGUUGUUUUUUCUUCUUAUGAGAAGAACUCAUUGAACCCUGAGGGGUGCACCAGGUGCCUUCAUUGUGUUAAGGUGGUGCUUAUGACAGCGAGAGCUUUUAACUUUUAACGGAGGUAUAAAAUAUUACCAUGAAAACCAAUGCACUUAUGGGGCCUGCUGUUAAACGCACGGCCAGUUCAGGUACAGGUGUGAAGCCUUACGGUGGGAGAACUAGGUACUACAGAUACAUCUCUAAACCAGGGGUACUCAGUCCUUCUCAUGGAGAUAUUGAAUUCCCUGCCCUAACCCCAAUCCUAAGACCCCGAACCCUACAUUAGGGAUCUCAAACACAAAUUACCUGUUGUGGAGGUGGUGUUAGAUUGUUGUUUGAGAUACCUGCACCUUACUCUCUAAACGUCUGAAUGAUAUAUCCUUACCUAACCCUAUUCUGAUCCUUACACCCUAAAUAAGGGGUGUCCAGUCCUGCUCCUGGAAAACCAACUUCAUCUCCAGCUCCAAACACACUUAAUCCAACUAAUCAAGUUCUUUGGGUUCACAUAAAAACAAGGUAGAUCACAAAGAGUGGUACUGAGCACCUCACCCUGAACGCUACAUUAGGGGUCUUGAAUGCAAAUUACCUAGUAAAGUGGUAUUAGUUGGUAGUUUUGGAUCCCUGCACCCUACUCCCUAAAGUUUGUAUAUUAUAUCUGAACCCAAUCCUAAAUCUUACAGCCUAACUAGGAGUGUUUGCUCCUGGAGAUCCAGCUUCCUGUAAUCUUCAGUUCCAGUGCUUUAAACACAAUUGAACCAGCUAAACAAGGUCCAGAGAUUUGAUUAAAGAGAAAGGUAGAUCACCAGGAAAAGGACUCAGCAGCCGAAACCCAACCAUAUGACCAUGAACCUCAUAUCUGUGGUUUCAAAUGCAGAGGUUAUGUUAGCCAGCAGUUUAAAAUUCUUGCAAAGUGCUCCCUAAACUCUGAGUGUUAUAGCCUAAAUCUAACUUACACCCUUACCAAAGGUGUUUGUUCCUGCUCCUGGAGAUCCACCAUACUGUAGUCUUCAGUUCACUCCAAUGACGCCAGCUAAUUAAGGUCUUGAGCUUUACCUAAAGAGCAAAAGGGUAGAUCACCAGGAGUAGGAUUAAGUACCCUAACCCAAACCCUAUGUCCCUGAACCCUAAAUCAGAGAUUUCAAAUGCAAAUGACCUAGUAGGGUGGUGUUAGCCAGCAGUCUGGAAUCCCUGCACCCUAAACUUUUAGCGUAACUUUAUCCUAAACCUAAACCCUUUUGGUUUGGUUUGUUCCUGCUCCUGGAUAUCUGCCUUCGAGUACCUCCAAACUCACUUAUACCAGCCAAUCAAGGACUUGGUGUUCAAGUAAAGAGGAGGGUGGGUCAUCACAAGCAGAACCGAACACCCCAACCCAACAACCCUUAAAUCGACAUCAUCAUCUGGUAGUUUGAGAUCCCUGCCCCCUAUCCUAAAUCUUACACCCAUACCAGGGGGUUCGUUCCUCCUCCUGGAAAUCGAGCUUCUUGUUAGGGAAGGUAGAUCAAUCAGGAGCAGGAUUACGUCCCCUAACCCCAACCCUACAACUUUGAACCCUACAUAAGGGCUCUCCAAUUCAAAUUACCUAUUGAACUGGUGUUAGCCAAUAGUUUGAGGUCCUUGUGUCCUGCUCCCUAUACUUUGAAUGUUGUUUACUAACCCUAACCCUAUCCUAAUCCUUACUAUCUAAACAAGGGUUGUCCAGUCCUGUUCCUGGAAGGCCAACCUCGGCUCCAACUCUAAUCAUAGUCUUUAACUACCAUCUUUUAACAUUCAUGCAAAUCUGUUGAAGAUAAACUUUGCAUGAAGGCGGCUCUCCAAGAGCAGUAUCGGACACCCAACACCCUUUCCAUUCAGAGAGAGACUAAACGUUGCUGGUCUAGUUGAGGUUAUGGUCAUAUGAGAUUAAAACGGAAACGGUUUGAGUUGAGUAACUCCCCCCUAAACAAGCUAUGGACAGCUGGAAAUGAAUAUGAUUGUAGUAAGUAGUAAAAUGAAUAUUUAUAAAUAGUUAGAACUUUAAUGUAAGUUUUUGAGAAUAAUUUUUUAAAAAGUAACGUAAAAUUGCUGACGUUUAUUUCGCUUUCGAUGGGCGCUCUUUUAAAAUAUACUGAAUGGACAUAAUUUUACUUAAGACUAAAAAUCUAAAUCAUGGUAAUUUAGGUAACUCAGCAGUCCAGGGAUACAAACUCAUCAGUAUUUGACACACACAUGUAUGUAUGUAUGAAUAUAGUCAAAAAACGUAUUUUCACUGAUGUACAAUUCAGUUUGUGCAUAUUUAAAUGUUCGUCAGCUACCUUGUAGUAUUUGGCCUGUAGAUCAGCCUUAAAUAAAUAUAUAUAUAUUUUGUCGGAUCAAUGUAAUAAUAUAACCCACACUCAGAACUGCAAGGGAUUCUGGGUAUUUUGUGGUCACAAAAGUGCAGGAAAUGUGAGCAUUGCAUGGUCAAAAGCUUUACGGUCAAAAAAUUAAGUGUUUCUCAGUGUCUCCUACAGCGGGAUGUAUUUAUGCGUGUAGAUAGAGAUUAUUUUAAUUACCGUGAAAUUCUGUUUUUUUCCAUUUGGCAGCUGCUCGCUUUUAUGGCUCGGUUGUAAAUUUGCAGGACUUGUGAAAGAAAGGCUGAAUCUUUACACGAGCGGUUUGUUUUCUGAUUACGCUUCUCGCCUGACAAUGCUACAGUCUUUGGUUGAAAAUCUAAUUUUAAAAGAUUUAAUAAAGGACUGUUACACAGCAAACAGAAAGCAGAAACCAGUUAAAUAAUUUGGGUUAAAGGAGAUAAACCAAUUGUGUUCUCACCAAAUCUAGUCGUCUGGAGAUUUGUUUCUUCUCAGUAGGGAUGGUCACAAAUGCAUUAUGAAUAAUAAUAAAUUUAGGAUAUUAGCUAUUCCAGUUGGUAGAUUUCAGUAUGCAUGUUUUUAAAUGUGUAUUGAUGUGAAUCAAGUGUGUACCACACAUUUGGAGUGUUUAAUCUGGUUUCUUAAAGUCUGAUUUGAGAUCAGUUUCCUGAUCGAUCAGCAAGAAGGAAACUUGUGAGCUGCUUUGAUAAACAUUCCCCUGUUUUCCUCCUUUGUUUCUGCUGCAUUUUUUGUAAAAGUUUGGUUGUGCUUAAAUGAACGUACGACUAGAGCAGAUAUUCUUUGUACUGAUAUUGAGAAGUAUAUGAUCACAUUAAAGUUUAUGUUUCAUGCA